UUUUUUCUUCGGUUUUAUUACGGUGACAGCAUACUGUUGACACCAACGGACUGUAUGUACUUUUUUAUUCCCUUUUUAUUUGACAAUGCAAGCUUGUUCUUUUAGCUGACAGUCACCAUGGAGGAAAAAAUGCUGCUGCUUUACUGACGAAUAAACGUAUCUUCCCGUUUUAAAGAGUCUGUCGCUGCUGUUUUUUCUGUGUGGCUUUGCUCGUGACAACACUUGAACCAUGGUGCAGGAGUACCAGUCUCCAGUUCGGGUCUACAAACAUCCGUUUGAGUUAAUAAUGGCGGCUUACCUAAGGAGAUUCCCAAAGUGCCCUCUGAUCCCAGUGUUUGUGGACAGUGAGAUUGUCAGAGAGGAGCAGAGCGAAGAUGGAUCCAGGCUCGUCACUGAACGGCGCUGCACAAUAGACAUUGAUGCUCCGCGGCUGCUUAAAAGGAUUGCUGGCGUGGACUAUUUAUACUUUUUACAAAAAAACGCUCUAAACCGGAGAGACAGGACACUUCACAUCGAAGUCUACAAUGAGACUUUCUCCAACCGAGUCAUAGUCAGGGAGAACUGCAAAUACACGGUUCAUCCAGAGAACGAGGACUGGACUUGUUUUGAGCAGACAGCUAGUCUGGACAUCAAGUCCUUCUUUGGCUUUGAGAGCUCAGCAGAGAAGAUCGCAAUGAAACAGUACGCUGCUAGCAUAAAAAAGGGCAAGGAAAUCAUUGAGCACUACCUUAGAGAGUUGGAAGAAGAAGGAGUAACAUUCAUACCUCGUUGGGAACCAAACCCUCCUGCGCUCAUUGGCACGACUGAUGCCAAGCUUUCACUGAUGCCUACCUCUCUUCCCAAAGACGUCCCAGGGAACAGUGUGAAGGACAAAGCGUCCUGCAAAGACCCACUCUGUCCCACUGAGGCAGUGGCUGGUUCACCAGACGACAAGUUGGAUGCUGACUACAUCAGGCGUUACCUUGGCGAUUUAACGCCUCUGCAGGAGAGCUGUCUUAUCCGACUGCGCCAGUGGCUCCAGGAAACCCUCAAGGGCAAGAUUCCAAAGGAUCAGCAUGUGCUGCGUUUCCUGAGAGCCAGAGAUUUCAACCUGGACAAGGCCAGAGAGCUCCUGUGGCAGUCUCUCACCUGGAGGAAACAGCAUCAGGUGGACUUCCUGUUAGACACGUGGAAGCGUCCUCAAGUGCUUCAGGAGUAUUACAGUGGUGGCUGGCACCACCACGACAAAGAUGGACGUCCUCUUUAUAUUUUGAGACUGGGACAAAUGGACACCAAAGGUCUGGUACGGGCUUUAGGAGAGGAAGUGCUUCUAAGACAGGUCCUGUCCAUCAAUGAGGAGGGACUAAGGCGUUGUGAAGAAAACACCAAAGUCUUUGGGACACCGAUAAGCUGUUGGACUUGUCUGGUGGAUCUGGAAGGUCUGAACAUGCGUCACCUGUGGAGACCAGGCAUCAAGGCUUUACUGAGGAUCAUAGAGGUGGUGGAAGCCAACUACCCAGAGACCCUCGGCUGCCUCCUCAUACUGAGGGCACCCCGAGUGUUUCCGGUGCUCUGGACCCUGGUCAGCCCCUUGAUCGACGAGAACACACGUAAGAAGUUUCUUGUUUACGCAGGAAACGACUACCAGGGCCCUGGAGGCCUGGUGGACUACAUCGACAGACACAUUAUUCCUCAUUUCUUGGGAGGAGAAUGUAUGUCUGACUUCCCCGAAGGAGGCAUGGUCCCUAAAUCUCUGUACAGGACUGCAGAGGAGCUGGAGUGUGAGGAGAACCGCCUCCUGACUGACUCCAUCUACAAGAGUGCCAGUAUCUUCAAGGGAGCGCCGUAUGAGAUGCUGGUUGAGAUUUCAGAGGCAUCAUCAGUUAUCACCUGGGAUUUUGAUGUUUUUAAAGGAGAUGUGACUUUCAACAUCUACCAUUCAAAGCGGGCCCCUCAGCCUCUGGGAGCCCAUGGCAUCACAUCCCUGGCUGGACCUGUCAAUGCCCAGCUGAUAGAUAAGAACUGGGUGCUGGGCCAGGACUACAGCAUGGUGGAGAAAGCCCUGAUGUGCAGGGAAGGAGAAAGUGUACAGGGCUCCCACAUAACACGCUGGCCAGGUUUCUACAUCCUCCAGUGGCGUUUCCACAGCUCCACUGCCUGCACCGCCUCUAGCCUGCCCCGUGUGGAUGAUGUGCUGGCCUCGCUGCAGGUCUCCUCCCACAAGUGCAAGAUCAUGUAUUACACCGAGGUGCUGGCCUCUCACGACUUCAGGGGAUCCAUGACAAGUUUGGAGUCUUGUCACAGUGGUUUCUCACAGCUCAGUGGUGCCACGACGUCCUCUAGCCAAUCACAUUUCAGCUCCAUCUCAAGGUAGCAUCUACCAGACAUCUGCAAAACCAGGCACUGACGAGCCAGCAGUGCCUUAUUAGUUUGUAUAUGAGAAUGCAUUUAAGAAGAUUUCUAGUGCUUGUAUGUUUGUGCAGACAUAUAUAUCAUAUCACUAAACCAGCCAAUUAAAGAGGAACAUAAAAACCAAAAAAAAGAAGAAAAAAAAAACAUCCACGACGCAUUCUUGUCAUUUCCAUGGAGUUGCUCCAAUUGUCCACCAGGUGUCAGUGCACUUUGAUAGAAACUGCUGUCAGAAAUGCAGUUUUUAACUUUGUCUUAACCUCACACUAAUCCGUAGCAGUGUUUUCUAAAUAAAAUGUUGGUUAUUAUUAUAAA